AUGCACCAACCUCAAGCACCACCUCGGAACGUUGACGGCUCCAUUCCACAAGCAAAGCUUUACGAUCUGGCUCCUCCCAAGGUUUCAGGUUACGAAUCCGACCUAACGGACCUUGAGGAUCUUGAACCCCCUCGAUUAACCAUGCCCAGCACCAAGCCGAAACCCUCUCCACCUUGCAAAAAGGUCAACCCUGCUAGACUCAAGCCUUCGAAGGCUAAACGUCCUGGAAAGAAACCGAAGCCUCGCACCCACGAAAUUCCAAACCACCUAAGGCCCGACAUACCGGCUCACCAGUUCCGUAGCAAGUAUCGGCGUCGCUCGAUGGUGGCUCACUACCUCCACAGUGUUUUCGAGAAGGCCAGGCUCAUCCAUGUCGAUUUUGACAUGGCUGUUGCUUACUUUUUGCAACAAGUUCACCACCUUGACCUUGGCGACAUCCCCUUGAGUGUCAACGCCGUCCUGGACGACUUUUCAAUCCUUGACCCUCUGAAUGGGCGACAAGAUAGCAUUCUCCUCUGUGCAAAUCAUAUCAAACGCACCCUGGACGAGUAUGCAGCUUGCCCGGCUGGCCUCAAGCCUUUCGCACUUCGUUUUCCCAACCUCACCUCCCUGAACAACCUUGCAAUUGAACGGUCGAUCUCCCCUGAGGUUGUAGGAAAGGAUGAAGCCAUUGUCCUCAUUGAUUUGGCUGGUCGCGUCGCUGCUGUGGGAAUUCCACCCAAAGUCAGCAAGCUCGCUAAGACACUCAGCGGUCAGGAACGCGGCCGUCUUGCUUUUGCAGGUGUGGCUGCAGUCCACGAUACGCCACGUUUCAUCGGCCCGAUGACGUUGGAAACCUUCCAGCGGACUUCACAUCCUCCACCUCCAUUUGUACAGAGCCCAUUCCAAGUAUCUGAAACCGCCAGCAUCCGACUCAGCGGUGCGACUGCUAGCAUGAUCAACGUCCCUGGUACAAUCAAUGGGGCGUUGCCAUCUCAGGAGGUGGGCUACGGCCGAUAUUCGGACCUUGCCGCUGGGAUGUCAGACACAAAUCUGCAAAUGGGGCUUGAUCGGCAGGGCCACCCGUCUUCUGGGUGGGAACAAGCCGCUGUUAGCGAGUACAACCUUCCUACCAUCAUUCAAAUGGGUAAGGAACACGCAUAUAAGCGUGAGGACCACGCGCGAAUCAAUUCAGAGCUGCUAUGGUACCUGGAAUUGGGACGACUCGUCAUCAAGUCGAUACAGCCUCAAUCUUACUCGGCAGCUAUGGCGGCGGUUCGGGUCAUCGUACAGAAAGGAACACCGGCGGCAUCUCGCGAACUGAAGGACAUGACGAACCCCCUUGGCAUUGGCAGGCACACGAUGUUUGGUAUGCAGGUCGAUCAUCAUCGAGAUGGAAAUAAUGCCACGCUUUUUGCCUCAGCUAAUUUUUUUGGCGAAAACUACGGCGGUGGCGAGUUGAUCCUCAAUUACCUAGGGUAUGCCAUUCAUGGCGGACCUGGCUAUUCGGUUCAUGGGGCCUUCGACAUACUUAUGCACGGUGUGGGGAAAAUCACUCGCCUUCCAACCUCUGAAGGCCAACCACUUCAGCGAAUCUGCAUGGCAGUCUAUAGCCAUGCAGAUGUUUUCGCCGGUGCUGCUCGGUUUUCUGGAAUGCAACAGGAGCCAAAGGUUUUUAGCGACCCCCGCCUUUGGAUUCCUUUUUAUCCAGCCGGUUUUUCCCUUGCUCAGAUGCUUCAAAUCCUCCACUAUGAAGAAAAGCGCUUGCACAAGAGGUAUCGAGACGAGGUUCGUGCUUACAAGGCUGCGUUAAAAGCAGCGGAAGAUGCAGCCAAGAAGUGUGGCACCUUGCAUUCCAUAGUUGAUCACCACUUGAUGAUAGUCUGUGGUUAUGGUUUCGGAUCGAGUUGA